AGAAAAGACCAAAUGCUGUUCCAAGACUUUAUGAGUUCUGGUAUCAAGCUUCUUCAUGCUACACCACUCGAAGAAAGUCCAUUGUUACCACGUUGUCCCCAACUUUGCGAAGAGUCUGAAGCCUUGUACUUUAUAUGCCUUGCGAUCCAGUGUCACGUCGCUCAUGAAGAAGAAUCGCUGUUUCUCGAAUACUACGAUAAGGCGUUGAGCAGAUUUCGGACCGAGCUGGCACAGAGCGAGACCGAAAUAGAAAACGCGACUCUGACAGCCGGGCUACUGUUAUCCACAACGGGGGUGAUUAUCCCAAGUUCUUCCUAAGCUAGAGAUUACAUUCAUCUAACUAGGCAGGAGCAGAUUAUGCGCGGCGUUCCCUGGACCAUGCACCUCGAGGGUAUAUACAACAUCCUCUGCGCCCAAGGCUUUCAAAAUAUGAACCGAGAGAACGAAAGUUUUCGAAAUCAUUUGGUUGAAGUCAUGGGGGUAAUGGAUAUGUCUGUUUUUAUACUCGGCCGCCAAACACCCUAUUUUGGAAUCUGGCGUCAGCAUCGCCAUGGCCCUGUAAAUAUGUCCAAACAAGGCGACGUUGAAACGGUGACUGGCUUACCUCGCUCAUUGCUCGAUUUGUACUCCGGCAUUGGCGAAACGACUAGCGAACAGGAUCUAUGGAAUUGGCCUGGGGAAAAGGGUAAUUUGCUUCAGUGUCAACUCUGGGAAGCUCACCGUCUUUCAGCCAUCUUAAAUAGAGCAGUAGCACAUCGUAUCGAGCACCGACACCGAAAUCCUUGUCAUGCGCAUUCUCAGCUCUCUGACGCUAUCUUGAGGGCGCAUAUUGACAUGGAUAAAGAAGCCGAAGAAAACCAGGUCGUCAAUGCGCUGAAUUAUCCUGCUCUUAUCGCAGCACAGGAGGUUGAAAUUUUGAGGAAUAAUCCAGACUCAAUGUCUCUUAUCCGUCGUUGCCUUCAAUCGCAUUCUAAAGCCGGUUUCGGCUCCAAACUGCUUUUGAAUUUACUGGUGGAAUUUUGGGAAUUCAAUGAUCCAAAUUUGGAUCUUGACAGUCUAGCGAGCUUUCAUCACGUCGAAGCGGGAAUUUUAUGAAAGCAGAGCAGUAAAGAUCUCUUCUUUUACAGAAAGCUGCGGCUGCAAUCAAGACGUCUUUUGCCAUCAAAAGUUUUUGACUCCAAGGGGGGUCGACCUACCGCAUUCGGUUCUGUCCAUAUGCCCCGGAAGGGUUCUUCCUUGAGCUUAUGCGCCACAU